GGAGUGUUCAGAUCCUCUUCUUCCAACACAUUGCUGCUGAAAGAAAACGAGAAGAAGAAGGUCGAGAGGAAGAGAAACAAGUCCGACAGUAGACCAUCAGAGAGAUCAAGUCACUGUUAGUUUUCUCCACCAUGAUCCUGUGAGCUCCUCCGUCUGUCCCCGACUCCAGACUUGCGAGCAGCCGGACUGGACUCCGAGAAAAACGGAUCGAACCGGAGAGGAGCUCGCUGCCGCCGCCGCUGCUGCCGCCGCCGCUGCUGUGGAUCCGGAGGGAAACCGCGGACAGAGAUGUAGCAUGUGUGUUGGUGUGACUGGCGGACCAUCAUGCACCUCUUCCUGCUGCUGAUCCUUCAAGCCACAGCAGCCUUCGGACAGAUCGACCCUGCACACUGUCGCUAUGCCUUGGGCAUGGAGGAUGGACGGAUUAAAGACGAUGACAUCACAGCAUCCAGCCAAUGGUACGAGACCACGGGACCACAGUACGCCAGGUUGAAUCGUGAGGAGGGGGAUGGCGCCUGGUGUCCUGAGGGACAGCUGGAGCCUUCAGACAGUCAGUACCUGCAGGUGGAUCUGGGAAGGCUGACCUUCCUGACGGUGGUCGGGACUCAGGGACGAUACGCCAGGAACUCUGGGAACGAGUUCGCUCGAGCUUACCGCCUCAACUACAGCAGGGACGGCCUGCUGUGGAAGUCCUGGAGGAACCGGCUGGGAAACACGGUGAUGGAGGGCAACAAAAACGCCUACGCCUCAGUCAUCAACGACCUUCACCCUCCAAUCAUCACCCGCUACAUCCGACUGAUCCCGGUCACCAAACUGUCCACCACCGUCUGCAUGAGAGUGGAGCUGUACGGCUGUCCGUGGGAGGAUGGCCUGAUCUCCUACAGCACUGCAGAAGGUCAGCUGAUGAUGCCGCCUGGUUAUCCCAUCGCCAGCCUCAACGACUCCACGUAUGACGGAGCGCAUGAGAAGCGGAUGCUGCUUGGAGGGAUGGGUCAGCUGACGGACGGCGUGAUCGGCCUGGACGACUUCCUGCUGACGCGUCAGUACCACGUGUGGCCGGGCUACGACUACCUGGGCUGGAGGAAUGACUCGCUGGGAAGUCAGGGAUACGUGGAGAUGGAGUUUGUCUUCGACAGGCAGAGGAACUUCACCUCCAUGAAGGUUCACAGUAACAACAUGUUCUCCCGCGGUGUCAAGAUCUUCUCCUCCGUCUCCUGUUGGUUCAAGCCCCGCCUCAUCGCCGGCUGGGAGCCGGAGCCUGUGGCGUUCAAGACGGUCCUGGACGACAGGAACCCGAGCGCCCGCUACGUCACUGUGCCGCUGAAUCGCCGUGCCGCCAAAUCCCUCCGCUGCCGCUUUUACUUCGCCGACGUCUGGAUGAUGUUCAGCGAGAUCUCCUUUCAGUCAGAGGACACCGUACUCCCGACCCAGAUGACCCUGGUGGUGACCUCCCCUCCUGCCGAGGAGAGCACCAUGUCAACCACAGCAAAGAUAGCAGCCAAUCCGUCAGCCAGUGACCCGCCAGAUAACGUGAACACGCCCAUUCUGAUUGGCUGCCUGGUGACCAUCAUCCUGCUGUUGGUCAUCAUCAUCUUCCUCAUCCUCUGGUGCCAAUACGUCUGCAAGGUGCUGGAGAAGGCUCCACGUCGGAUCCUGGACGAGGAGGUGACAGUUCGGCUGUCGUCCUGCAGUGACACCAUCAUCCUCCAGACCCCCCCUGUGCCCCCUCGCUCCGGCCACGCACCUACAGGCCCCGCCAACAGUGACCCUCACUAUGAGAGAGUUUUCCUGUUGGACCCACAGUACCAGAACCCAGCGGUGCUGAGAAACAAGCUGCCAGAGCUGUCACAGAGUGCAGAGGCCUCAGCUUGUGGCGGAGGCUACGCCGAGCCUGACAUCACCCAGUGCACUCCGCACCAGUGUUUCCAUAGCAACGCACCACACUACGCUGAGACGGACAUCGUGCGGCUGCAGGGCGUCACCGGCAGCAACAUGUACGCCGUCCCCGCCCUCACCGUGGAUUCUCUCACCAGGAAGGACAUCUCUGCUGCCGAGUUCCCACGGCAACAGCUGAUCUUCAGGGAGAAGCUGGGGGAGGGGCAGUUUGGAGAGGUCCACCUGUGUGAGGCCGAGGGACUCCCCGAAUUCCUUGGGGAGGGGUCGCCUCUCCCUGACAGAGAUGGGCAUUCAGUGCUGGUGGCUGUUAAACAGCUGAGGGCCGACGCUACCAGCCAGGCCAGGAACGACUUCUUGAAGGAAAUAAAGAUCAUGUCCCGUCUGAACGACCCCAACAUCAUCCGGCUGCUGUGUGUGUGUGUGUCGUCCGACCCGCUGUGCAUGGUGACUGAGUACAUGGAGAACGGAGACCUCAACAUGUUCCUGUCACAGCGGGAGAUCGAGAGCACGCUGACACAUGCCAACAACAUCCCUUCAGUCAGUCUGUCCGACCUGCUCCACAUGUCGGUGCAGAUCUCGUCGGGGAUGAAGUACCUGGCGUCUCUGAACUUCGUGCACCGGGACCUGGCCACAAGGAACUGCCUGCUGGACCGUCGCCUCACCAUCAAGAUUGCCGACUUUGGGAUGAGCCGAAACCUGUACAGCAGCGACUACUACCGCAUCCAGGGCCGGGCAGUACUGCCCAUCCGGUGGAUGGCCUGGGAGAGCAUCCUGCUGGGUAAGUUCACCACGGCCAGUGACGUGUGGGCGUUUGGUGUCACUCUGUGGGAGAUCUUCACUCUGUGUAAGGAGCAGCCCUACAGUCUGCUGUCCGACGAACAGGUCAUAGAGAACACUGGCGAGUUCUUCAGGAACCAGGGCAGACAGAUCUUCCUUUAUGCCCCUCCACUCUGCCCACCUUCUCUCUUUGAGCUAAUGAUGCGUUGCUGGUGUCGCGAUAUACCCGACCGGCCCACCUUCGAGGGACUUUACCAAGCCCUGAGGCCCCAUGUCAACCAGUGAGCCGAGGCUGCCGGGAUGUACCACUCUGGCUUUCCUCAGCGGUGUGUUCGUCCAUCUCUGGACUCCUGUGAGAUGACAGACUGACAUGACAAGACUGGAAUUGCGUUACAAGAGUAAGUCGCUGUCAGAGGGAAUGAAGAAACUGGCAGGGCUGUGGUCCGAAGGUUGGUUUUCUUUGUGGUAACAGCAGCACUUUCCUCUGAGAGACAAGCUGGUGAUGGAAGGGAUUAAGGCUGGUCAACUCAGAGGAGAAACUUUUUGUGAGAUCCAACCCUUGCAGUCAUUAGUGAACAAAAUUUCUAAGCUUUAUAAAGAUUUCUGCCAUUGCUGAUUCCACAGUUUCAUACAUCUCUUUAAAGCUCCUUUGACCAAACAACUUUUCUGACCUUUUGACAUCUUUUUUUCAUGUUGUUAUGGUGCCAAAGGUGCUGUAAACUUUAUUUUCUCCCUGGACAGACUCUUCAGUCUUGGUAGUUUCUCCUGUCCCUGUGGUUUUUGUUAUUAUUGUAAAGCACUGUCUGUGUCUCUCAGUUAUUCAUGUUCAUAUAUUAACCCACACUGGAGCUAGGGCUAUGGUCAAAUUGUAGUGUAGUUUUAUUUGUAGAUUUUUUAUUCUAUUUUAUUUUUCUUGUUUUACAGUAUUUGACUUUUGUUGGUCUUUUUUGUGGAUAUGAAUGUUGUUCAGCUGAGGUUCACAUCACGGUGCCAGUGGGCUGCAUUGAAACCUGUGUGGUUCACAGACUGAAAAUCAGUCAUUGGGUAACUGUGGGUAAUUAAGAAAAGAAUCUUGAUUGGAGGAACACUGAAACCAAAUAAGAAAAAAAAAUGUUGCCAAAGAGAAACAAUUGCAUGAUUAUAUUAAAUUUAACUAAUUUGCAUGAAUGGACUUGGCCGAACAUACCAUUACCAUCUGCCAUUUGGUGAAUGCUUUGAUUCAAAGUGCCUUAUAUUUGUAGCAUGAGUGGUACCAGUGGGAAUUAAGCCAACAUGAGCAACAUGGGCACUGCAAGUGGGGAGACGAGGCGUCUAAUGCAAAGAUCUAAUCUCAAGGUAUCACUUUACCUGUGUCUAUGUUAUGCUGUGGCCUAUAAAAUGUAUGUCUGUCAAGUGUGUAUAUGUCUAUGUUGGAGCCCACAGGCCUGUAGGUGGAUGUCCUAUGUCUCCAUUAGCCCUGUUCUGCCUUGAUGGAGCUAGAUGUGGUUUGGUUUGCGACUUCAAAGGUUAGCCAGCUAGCCAUAGAGCAUUAAGAUAAAAGAAAAUAAAGUCAGUAGUUUCAUCAUUAGAAUGGGAACAAAUUAAAACAAAUGACAAGCUGUUCAAAUUAAGUCUGAAAUACAGAAACAAAGCCUUGGCAGAAACUCAAACGGGGAUAGAGUCAUUGAUGAAUGACCUACCUUUCUGUUAGCUGCCUAAAGCUGUGUGUGUUCAUGCUGCUGUGCUGUAGUUAUACUAGGUUUGGCUUAGUUCUAACGACAGUAAAGAACAAGGAAGAGUGUAUCACCAUCCCUUUGCGUCGAUGCUAAAUGGCUUGCUGCAUCAAGGUAAAAGUUCGGCAAGUGGAGACAGGACACAACACCUAUGUUUUGGGGUGUACAUAGCAGAACUACUGUGUUAGAUUGGGAGCCUUUGAGCUGAGGGCCAGAGAGCCACUAGAGACCGAGAAGGAUGGGCAGAAACACCUUGGAGUCAUCAGACGGCAUUAGCCAGCCAAUCCUAAUGCCCUCAAGGAAAUCCGUGUCAGAAAAUUUGCCGUUAGAGGGAGCAAGUAAUGGCCUGUCAACAAGAUGUUUGAAAAAAGUCUUUCUUGAACUCCAUACUUGUUUUGUACCGCAUAGCAUUCAAAAGAGUUUUGUUUACAAAAUGCAGGACAGAUGCAGCACAGAGCGAAAGGAAUACAGGGCUAUGAACUUCACAGUGGCUACUUCUAGCAGUCUCUAGUAGAUUAUGGAAAAGUGCAUAUGGAGAAAGAAAGAUGAUGUCGCCAAUGAUGACGAUUGGUAUUGCAUACAUGUGCUGCAGCAUUUCUAGCCAUAAAGCCUCAAGUAAAAGUAAAGGUGAUUGGUCAACAUUGCAACUGAAUUGACGUUUGUUUUUCCAGUUGGAUCUCCAAAAGCCUGGUCACACCAUCCAUGGUACACCAUGGUAACCCCUAACCCUAACCCACAAGUUCGUAACACCAGUUUAUUUCAGUGGAAUCACUGCAAUCAGUGGAUUCACGGGAAGUAAAUCUUCAAAUCUUUAUGUCCUCUGUGAGAGUAUAAACUCUGCCACAAAACAGACAUGGUUUGCAGAGUGGAUGCUGCAAAAAUGUCUUUUAAAUUAAUUUUGUCAACUUACAGUAUUAUCACCUAGCAAUGUUGUUAGUGUUAGCUAGCUUGCUAACAGUUAGUGCCCAGCUGACUAGUGUGGUAGCGGUUAGCUCACCAAUGAAAGUAGUUUCCCAGCCAUCCCUGCAAGUGGUCACUUUGACCCCAGGGUUCUAGCUGUAUUUUGCAAUGAUGCAUGGAUAAAUGUCACUGUACUUGCAACUUUCUGGUUUGAUCUGGGCUCUUAAGACUACCUUUCAUUGACAGCAUUAUCAUGUAAUGUGUAAAAGAGGUAAAGCAAAGUUUCAUUUUUGAAAUUUCAUCACUUUAUGUCCCAUUUCUUUCAUGUUUUAGGGAUUCAGUUAAUAAUAUGCAGUACACGUGUGCAGUAUUUUGAAUGGCCUCCUUCCUUGGAACAAAUAGUUGAAAAUGUAAAAUGGCGUGAGUACAAAUCAACAUCACCUUCACAGGAAAGAGGGAGGAAGACCAAUUAUAUAAAGUCUGUGUGCAUCUUUCAGUGUUUUUGUUACAGUAGUGUUUUGUUAUCUGUACUGUAUCUCCACUUCUAUGAGUGUGUGUGUAUAUGUGUUUAAGAGAAAGUGAGUUUUGUGUGUUUCGAGCGUUUUUGACAUUCCUUUGAGCACUGGGAGCUAGUUGGGAUUAAAGUGGUUAACAGGAGUUGCUCUGUUGUGCAAAAUUGUGCGAUUAAAUGCAAGAGAAAAGGACAGAAAGUAAGGAAACCACUAAACUCAAUCUCCCAGAGUCCUUUGCUACAGUGAGCCUGUGUAUUUUGUUCUGGUUCCAUUAGAGAGAUAGACAAGUCUUUUAGUUUGAUAGUGUACAGUAUAAGUGAUCUAUAAUAUCUCAGUGUGUGAAUGCAGAUUAGGUGUGAUAAUUGUUAUUGAUAAUUGAUUAUCUAUCAGAAUUUAUAGUAGCUAUUUCUCUGAUUAUUUCAAGGUGUUGGGUUUUUUUCUUUUUUACAACAGGAAUUCAGCAGUUUUGAACAUUUCUAACAGAGAUGUCAUGUUUCAGACUUGUAUUGUACAUAGGCUAGUAGCUGUGUAUAUUAAUAUAUUGGGAGUUUGUGUUCUGUCGUCCCAAGUAAUUUUCAUUCUGUACCCUCUCAUGUCUUGGUUUGUUUUUCUUAUAAUAAACAAUCACAUUUGUCGAACA